AUGGAUAUUCUUGAAAUAGUCACGUUGAAUGAAAAAAUCCCUGAGGUUACAAACGAUCGUGUUGAAGAUAACCUUGCCAUCAUGUCGAGUGAUGAAGAAGAUGCUUUCAAUCUCGUAAAGAAGCGUAAAAGAUUCUUCUCUGAAGAUUCUAACCAAAGUAUUAAUUUAUCGCCUGCACGCUCCAAUGAACAUAAUAGUGACGAAUGCCAAGAACAUAUGACAAUAAUUCGUAAGUCGAGAAUUAAAAACAAUUAUACUGACUCCGAUAGUGAUAAAGAAGACCAAAGGAAGAAUGUCGUAAAGCGUGACGGUAAAAAAAAAUUUAGAGAGAAAUUUCAUAAAUUUAAAAAUAGGAAAUCACAUUCAAAAACUUUGAAUGGAAAUGACUCUGGGGAUGAAUUAACACAAUGUAAAGAGAAUGUUGAAGAAACAUCAGUACACAUUAAUUUGUCAGUGUGUGAUCCUGAUGAAUCUGACGAUGAAGGAAAUAGUAUAACAGCCAUAAAGAAAUUAAUUGGUUCUAAAUCAAACUUACCACCUGUGAAAUCAAAACCAAUACGAAUGUCAGCGAAAGAAGCAAUGAUAAACAUGCAAAAAAUUAAGAGCGAGUCCAACAGAAUGUUAAGAGAAAAAGAGGUUACUCUUCCAUAUCAUCGACCCAAGGCAUUAUCUCUUAAAGAUAUUAUGAAUCGUAGAAAACUAGCUGUUUCCAGUGAUGGAAAGACAUUACCUAUUAAAAUGAAUGAGCAGCAAUUAAAACACUAUGCAAUGAUGUUAGAGGAGAGGCAAAAAGAAAUGAUGGAAUUAUGUAAAAGUGAGUCUGACGAAGAUAACGAAGAAAAAGAAAAUUCAAAUGUAAACAAAUCAAAUCAAGUAAAUAAAGAACAUGAUCAAGCUGUCACAGAAAAUAUAGCACAAGAGAAUGAUACGAGUUUUGACCAAAUUGCUGUUGAAACUAGUAGUAAUCAUAAAAGUGAAAUGCAAGAGGAGUCUUCCUCUCCCUUUUUUUUAAAUAAAUUAGAAAAAAGUUGCAAACAAGAUAUGCAUGUUGAUAUAGUUGAACAUAUCUCAGAAAGAGAUACUCAAGAAAGUAUAGUAGAAGAUAUUGCAACUGAAAAAUCAAAUUACUUAGUACAUACUGAUGUCAGUGACAAAAUUGAAACACAUAGUCCAGUAGAUGAUAAACCUAAAGACAAAGAAAAUAAUGACAGUCAGAUGAUAUCAUUGCAUUAUGAAUCAAUAAAUUUUGAUUCAGAAAAAGCAUGUACAAAAACCAAUACUGCACAGGAGAAAACUGAUGAACAUAUAGAUACAUUCUCAGACUGUGACUUAAAUUGUGAAGAUCUAGAGACUCUUAUUGAAAAUGCAGAGAUUGUCAAAGAUGAAGCCAAGGAAAAGAAAAGUAUUGUAAUUAAACCCAAAUUAAUGGGUGCUCCAGGUAUGGUUAUUAGCUUAGAUGACGAUGAUGACUCUACUGGAAAACCCACAGGCGUAGAACUACUAAAAGAAAGGUUUACAUAUUUUGCUAAGCUGCAGAACCAGGAGGACAUGGAGAAAGAUAGAGAGAAAAAAUAUAAGCCAGGCACACAACAUACUAAAUUAAAACAACAACUAGAAGAAGAAAUUGCUGAGCAAAGGUCUCUGGAAUGGGCUAAACGGCUUGAAGAGGAAAAAAUAUUAAAGUCAGAACAAAAAGAGAUCUUGGGAGAUGAUUCCUUCGAGGAUAUUGACAAAAUUGACGCAAAACUCGAAAGUCUUGAAGAAAAGGAUACAGUCGAAGGUGAAAUUGAUGAUAGUGCUGAUGGUGAUAUUGAUGAGGUUGGCGAUGAAGAUGAAGAUUUAGUUGAAGAUGAUGUUGAUAUGACCGAUAAUCCGGCAAAGCGUAAUCCAAUGCUUGAUGAUGAAGCCGAAGAAUCUGAUGAUGAUAAACAGGAUGGUGACGAAGCCGAUGAAGAAAUUGAGGCCAAUGAUGAUGAGGAAAGUGACAGUAGCAGUGAAUCAGAAGAUGAACUAGAACAACCAAAGGCUAAGAAAGGCCGGAUCCUUAAGGCUUUUGAAGAUUCGGAUGAUGAAGAUGUUGAAAAUAAAUUACCUGUGGAGCAUAAUGACGAUAAAAUAUCUCAAGAUGAUGAACUGCAAUUAGCCCAAACAAAUAAGUCUUCAGAAGAUCUAUUCCCCAGUCAAGAGUGUGAUGUGCUGAUGUUAAGCAAAAAUAAUGAGGGAAUGAAUACUGAAGAGUUGGGCACAUUUUCAAUACUCUCACACACUGAUAAAGAAAGUGGCCCAAUAUCUGUUAUUUGUGAAACCCAGAAUGAUAAUGCAAGUUUGGAUGAUAUAGUUGGUAUGUGCUCCGGUAGUUUCUCACAAAGCAUCAUCGUUCCAACUCAGAAAUCUCAACUUACACCAUCUUUAGAAUUCUCUGAUGAUGUUGUCGCACUUUGCACAGGAAAAUUCUAUGAUAACCAAUUUGUUUCUCAAAUAAAUGAGAAGGACAUGACAUCAACAGAGACAUUGGACACUGAAAGCGCAUCAAUUCUAAAGGAGUUACUGCCGACUGCAAGUUUGGACACCGAAGGCAUGCCAACUCCUAUACAGUCAGAUUUAGGGCAUAUGCUUAAAGAGAAUUGUAAGAAAGAUAUUGAAAAUUGUACCAAAGACAAUAUAAAAAAUAUAGAACAAAAAACUAAGAGAGAAGAGACUCUCUUAAAAUCUAUUUUAGAUGAAUUAGAUGAGCCAGAAUUGGAUAAACCUAAGCAGUAUAAAUUUUUCGCACCACCAAGUGAAAUUAAGAAGAAAUUAGUAAUUGAUUCAGAUGAUGAAAUGGAUAAAGAGAAAGAAGUUAAAAAGAAAAAGAAGAGAAGAAAAGAGAUUCGGGCUUUGCAAAUAUCAGAUGAUGAAGAAGAAGAAAUACAAACCGAUGAAGAAUAUGAAUCAGAUGCUGAUGUCGGUGAAAAGGUUUAUGAAUAUGAUUCAGAGGAGAAUGAAGUAGAAGUAAUCCAGCCUAAAAAAAAGAAGAUGGAGUUCUUUGAAAAUGAAGCAGAAUUGACAUCUGAGGAUGAAUGGGCGGGGUCUGGUGAUGAAGAUGAGGCUGGUCUUGACCGGAUGGAGAGGGAAGAGGGAGACGAUGAUGUCUUUCACCAGGGGAAGCUGCAGAGCGAGUUGGGACAGAUACAUAUGCGAGAAGUAUUAGAUCAAGACAAAAGGGAAGUUCGUCUCAUACAAGAGUUGUUACUUGAAGACGCAGAUCUCGGUGAUGGGCAUAGACAAAGGAAAUUUAAAUGGAGGAAUGUUGAUGGUGAAGAAGAAUCGGGUACGGUAGCAGAUGAGUGUGAUACGCAAGAAGAAGAGUUUGAGUCAGAGGAGAUGUGGCGAAAACAGAGACACGAAAGGGAGAUGUUUUUGAAGAAAAUGCAAGAAAAUGGCGAAGAUCUCGAUACGAGUAUAAAUAGAACAACAAUUAUCAAAGCGAAUCUGUCUUCGAGGACUAUGUCUAACCUCAUAGCUGAAAGCAAGCAGAGCCCGGUUGCCGAAAAGGAAUGUAUUGAGAAGAAAACUAAAGAUAUACCCAGUCCUAAGAAACCAUUUUCCAUUUUAAAGCAAAGCUACCACGGGUCGUUCUUAACUCGAGGUCGUGGAGCGCUCGCAAGACUGGCUGCUCUCGCGACACCUUUAGUCGUGGACGAGGAAACGCCUAAAGUCCUCGCUUCGGCGCGAGGCAACUUUGUCUUCACGGUGAAGAGUGAGGAACCAAAGGUUAAAAAACGCAAAGCCGAAACAACUGUAGGCACACCACAACUUAUUAAAAAGAUGAAAACUGAAGAAUAUAAGAAAACGCUGUUUGAACAACUUCGCGACUAG